GUUUGGUUUGUAAACGGUACUUCACUGACACAGCUAUGUAAAAUCAUCGCAUUCCUUGGGUAAGACGAGUCUCUCAGUGACGCGAUGAACGUUAGAGUGAUAAACGUGGUCCCCCUGAAUCCGAACUGGACGAACUGAACUACACGCUGAAAGGCGUUUGAGGUGUACCACUCCGGGGGAUGGUCCGAACCAGCGCAAGGACGAGUUCAAGGAACUUUUAGGGCCGGUACAGAAUGUGAUUCAGAGUGGAUUGUGUCUUAAUUGACAUAAUAAAGGCACUACAUGCAUGAAUUGGAAAACGAAAGACCCUUAUUCAGGAGUAUCUUACUCCACCAUUGAAUUGGUUAUUAAAGAUAAAAAGCCCUGUUUAAAACCAUGGAUGAAAGUGCUCAUCGGUUUGGGCCUACUUGCCUUCAUUUGCUUUGCCCUCGGAAUUGGCAUCUAUUAUUCGAUAAAUAUGUGGUCAGGAAUUGGCGAGUGGGUCCACACGCCAUGUGCUACAACCGAUGACAUCCAGUCAUGCCCAGGAAGUUAUGCAAAGACCCCAAUCACCCUCCUAAUCUCGUGCGAUGGAUUUCUCGCGAGUUACCUCCUGAAGAACGUCACACCCACCUUCAAGAGGUUUCAGAAGUGCGGCGUGUCUGCUCCGUAUAUGAGACCGGUCUACCCAAGCAAGACAUUUCCCAACCACUAUUCUAUAGCGACGGGUUUAUUCCCGGCGUGGAAUGGCAUCACUGGCAAUAUCAUGUUUGAUAAGAAGUUGGGAAAAGUGUUCAGGCUGUCCACCUCGGAGAAGUUCAACCCAGAGUGGUACCAAGGCGAGCCCAUUUGGAACACAGUCACAAAGCAUAAUAAAACGUCUGCCUCGUAUUUUUGGGUAGGCUCUGAUGUCCCCGUUGAAGGGAUGUACCCGAAGUACUAUAAAAACUUCACAUCUGGAAUCCCAUUCGAAGAAGAAGUCGAUGAAGUCCUGAAAUGGAUCGAUAUGCCUGAAGACAAGCGUCCUAACUUUAUCACAAUGUACUUCAACGAACCUGAUAGUGCAGGACACAGAUAUGGCCCAGACAGCCCGGAGGUUAAGAAGCAAAUUGAGUACGUUGACAGCAUAAUUGGGAUGAUGAUGAAUGGAUUGGUGGACAGGGAGAUUCAUAACUGUGUCAAUGUCAUCGUUGUGGCUGAUCAUGGCAUGGCGGAAACCUCAUGUGAUCGAGUAGUACUUGUGAAAGACUACGUGAACCUUACCAACAUGUACGUCUACAGUGGAACAUUCGGACGGAUAAACACGGAGUAUUUUAUUGAAUCUACAACCGUUAGCCCUUUUCCCGAACCUCAUAGGAAUCAAGAUGAACUCGUGAACUCACUUAGAUGCGCCAACGAUCACUUACAAACCCAGUUCAAGUGGGACUUACCAAAACGCUUUCAUUACGCGCACAACGAUCGUAUUGAGGACAUCGUCAUGAAUGUGGAUGAUGGUUGGCUCGUAGGAAGAACGAAACCUAAAGAUGCGUGUAGUUCAAAAGGGAACCAUGGCUAUGAUGAUGAUUACAAAAGUAUGGAGGCACUUUUCGUUGCGCAUGGACCAAGCUUCAAAAUAAACUACACAGUGGAACCGUUCCUGAAUAUUGAACUCUAUAACUUACUAACAGAGUUGGUCAACAUAACCGGUGUUCCAAACAACGGCACGAUGGGCAGUCUUCACCACAUGUUAACAAAUCCCUCGACCCUUCCACAACGAGACCAAGGGCACGCUUACGAAAACUGCAGCUUUCCAAGUGAUCCGACCGAGUACAGCAAAAGGGCUGCCGCACAAACAUCGUGUACGAAUUGUGCAUUACCACCGGGUGUGACAGUCAAAACCAUCGACGAACAGCUUAACAUUAACACAGCGGAGGCUAACGAUAUCAUUGCAUUGCACAUUCCGUCCGGUGAGCCCCUUCUCCAGGGCCUGGGGACUGUCUGCACCCUGGUCCAGCAGGAUUAUGUCCACGGAUACUCUGAGGUCUUCCAUUCUCCAAUCUGGUCGGCAUACCAGCUUGCGAAGUCAACAGAGGCUAAAAACAUGACGUCUGAGCCCUGUCUGCGUCCAGACGUCAGGCUACCUGUCGGCGCAGAAGCUAAUUGUUCUGAUUUCAAGGCGGCAUCGAGCGCUCAAAAUAUCACAUCUGGCUUCCUUCAUCCACCAGAGUUUUCAACAAAUGAAACAAGAAAACUAGACUCCCACAUUUUAUCAAACGCUGUCCCGAUGUACGAGGGCUUCCGAUCUGGUAUCUGGCAAGAUCUCUUGAACAUGCUUGGCAAGUGGCAGUCCAAACAUGGUUCACUCUCCGUCAUCAGCGGACCUGCGUAUGACUACGACUAUGAUGGACACUAUGAUGACCUUACAAAAAUAAAAAGGUUCAUGAACGACGGCGCCGUUCCUGUACCAACCCAUUAUUACACGAUCAUCACGAAGCCGAGAGAUAAAUCAGAGUCAACCUAUCGUAAAAAUGACGUCAUGGCAUUCUUACUACCACAUAAAAGUGAACCAACUACCUGUCAAGCGCAAGAUGUCUACCUAUUUCUUCAUGCGGCAAGAGUAAAAGAUGUUGAGCUGCUGACUGGUUUAGAAUUCUUCCCUAAAUAUGACCGUUACGAGUCACUCGCGUUACAGACAUAUCUUAUGGACGACUUAUGGAGUUACGACGUUUAGAUCAUGAAGUGUGAUUUGAAUUACUAAGGGGUGUGUCGUUCGCAUUCAAUCGUGUGUCCGGAAAAUAAAAAUGCAGCUUUACAGACAAUUAAUGCCAUUGCGCAAUUAUCAUGCAUUUUGAGUCGUUUGAAUCCCGAUCCUCUCUAGCUUCACCCAAGUCGCUUUUUUAUGCAUUUCGUUGAACCCCUCUGUAUGCCUUCGGUGUGCCACAUAUCCCCGUGCUGUGAUUUACUGCGUGCGGCGUUGCUUAUCAUCCAGUGUUCAGUAAGAAAUCGGUAAAUACAAGUUUUGUAUGUCUUUGUAACUUAUGGUUAGCAAAUAUAUUUAUUUGCGUGUUGCAUUGUAUAAUUGUAGAUUUUAUAUUCAAUAAACAUAAAAUCAAUAUUCACGAUUUA